UUAACUGUCAGAGAGAAACAGGAAGUAGGGAGCAACAGCAAAAGGAGGAGCUGAAGUCUAAAGAGGCCAGUUUCAUUUUCUUCCAGCGUUCAAACAACACACAUCAGGUCGAGACGGACGGCUUUCAUUGACUGCUACUUACAGCUGGUCAUCAUGGACUUCAUAGAGCCCAUCCUGUCCGUUGCCUCAGAGAUCUACGCCCUGGUUGAGAAGGUGAAAGCCAAUAGGAAGCGCUGCCGCCGUGUUUCUGACCGAGUCAAAGCCCUGGAGGAGCUGGUGAGGUCCAUCAGACAGAGGAAGAUGGUCCAAACUGAGGUAGAAAAGCCUCUCAAAGAACUCUCCAUCACUCUGAAAUCAGCACAGCAACUCAUCAAGAAGUACACCUUGGCCAACUGGGUGGAGCGCAUCCUGAACUCCAGCAGCCACGGGGAUGAAUUCAGCUGUGUGAACGAACGCCUCAACGAUGCCUUCCAGGUGCUGUCUGGAGCUCUGCAGGUGGAGCAGGGAAACAUGCUGUACAAGGUGUUCGAACUGACCUCCAGAGAGAAAGAAGAUGAGGUGGACGGGAGGGAGGACGACACAGAACUGAAGACAUUGCUCCUGGAGUACAUGAAAACACAGCAAGAGAGGACAGAGGCCAUGCUGAGAGAAUUUGAAAGUGUCAAAACCAACGUGAACAAGGUCGUGGAGAUGUUGAAUAAGCCCAGCGUCACAGAUGAGGUCAUCAGAAUGAUCAAGUCCGAUGAAGUGAAGUACGAACAUCCCAAAGAGCCUUUCAUGAAAACCCAGACGUCUGAGGUCUACAGAGGACAGUAUCAUGGAUUCACAGUGGCUGUCAAGAGAUACAGGGACCAGAUGAACGCCAGUGCAAGGGAGAUACAGUCCAUUUUCAAGAAGGAAGUUGAGACCAUGAGACGGUUUGAGUCGCCCAACAUCCUGCGAAUGUUUGGUAUCUGUGUCCAGGAUGAGGACGGACCCAACCCUCAGUUCCUCAUUAUCAUGGAGUACUGUGAGAAGGGAAGUCUCCGGCAGGUUCUGGAUUCUAAUCGUAAACUGUCCUGGACCAAGAAAGCUCGUAUGUGUCUGGAUGCAGCACAAGGACUCUACAGACUGCACCAGACUGAAGUAAAAAGUAAGGUUCAUGGAUGCAUCACCAGCAGCAAGUUCCUGGUGGCUGAAGGCUACAGAGUCAAGCUGGGGGGUUUUGAGCUAGCAAAAACAGAGACGUCACUGAAAAAGUCAACAAAGUACAAAGGAACCAGGAACCUGUGCUACUCCUCUCCUCAGAUGCUUAAUGACAUCAACUACGUCUACAGCAAAGAGUGUGAGAUGUACAGCUUUGGGAUAGUCCUGUGGGAAGUUGCAACGCGUAAGAGACCAUUUGAAGGUUGCUUGGGUACAGAAAUCUAUAAGAAAGUGUCUGAAGAGAAGUUUCAAGAACCACUUCCUGAUGACUGUCCUGAACCACUGGGACAUCUGAUCAACGCCUGCCGGGCCUAUGACAACUUCCAGAGACCAUCUGCUGGAGUGCUGGUGGACAAACUGCGCACCGUGGUGACACAGUUAGAGGAGCAAUAAACUCCUGAAAAGUCUUCAGCCUCUGUUGCUUUGUCAUCAGUACUCUGAUGUUUAUGGGUUUAUGAAGGUUGAAAGGAAACUAUUUGUGCAAUUGUGGAAAACUGGGAGUUUCAGUUUACUGUAGCUGGUGGGUAAGCAUUUACUCUGCUCAGACAGAGUAAGGGAUGGGUCCCCCCUAAGUCAAUUUACAGUUGUGCUGAGUUUAAACAGCAUUGUCACUUAAAAUGGGUCUGGGUUAGGAUUAUGUUGUUUUUUUUUAUUAAUCGACAACAGGCCUUUACUACCCUGUGUAUCCUCUCUUCAUGAAUGAACAGUAUAUAAAUCUCAUACAUGUACAAACUUACAGAUAACACUAGCUCAGGGAACUGCUGUAACUCCAUCUCAUCAAAUAGAAAAAGCCUCCACCUAGUGGUUAUUUUCUCAAACUGUUACAAAACUUUCCAACCCCAUGUUUCAUGUUUUACCCUUUAUGUUUACCAUCAUCACUGAGUCUCUGUGAAUAAAAGCAGUGUUUGAUGUUAGUGGUGAUUUUCAGUCUUCCUCACUUAAACAAACAAGCAAGAAACCUCAUCAUGUUCAUAUUUUAGCAAAAAUCUUCAAUAAAAUUGUUCAUUUGAACCCAA